AUGCAUAAUCGUGUGAAACUUUCGCGUGAGUUUACUAUGGAGGAAGGAGCAAGCAUAGCUUCUCACCUAGAUAAUCGCAACGAGUUGAUUGUUGCGAUGGAUGGAGUUGGAGAUGAAUUUGGAAAAGCGCAUGAAAGGUGCGAUUUCGAGGCUAUGGUGGUCGGAAAAGCAAACGAGUUGGUUGUGAUCGCUAAGAUCAGCAUAUCCGACAAGACAUCAGACAAGUUAACCGUGGUCAACAACUACAAGCUCGAUGUUUCAUGGGUUGUCGCCGUCGCUGCAACAAUGUUGGUCAUAAGAAGUCGGACUGCUUAUCUAGCGAACGCAGAUGUGAAAGACUGUUUCUAUCAUGAGAAAUCAAAUUGUUUACUUGAUUGUGGUGUACCGUCGCAUAUGAGUCUUGAGAAAAAGAAAUUCCAAGCUGACAAAAAAUUGAAAGAGGGCAUUGAUAUUACAAUCGCUAUUAAAGAGUGUGGUCGCAUUGUGAAGACAGAUGACGCUCUCCAAAUUUCUGAGGUAUCGCCACUUUCGGUUGCAAGCUUUCUCAGACUAGUAGUACGAUGA